AGCGGAUGAAUACCAUUUGAUGGGCGCAUUGACAGUAUAAAAUCCCCCGUCCUCGUAGCGGCAGAAGCAGUCAGAGAGCGGUAUUCGCCAUCUUACUUCUUUACAAAACAAUAGAAAGCAACUCCAAAAAACAUGCAGAUCUUUGUGAAGACCCUCACCGGUAAGACCAUCACCCUUGAGGUGGAGCCAAGCGACACCAUCGAGAACGUCAAGGCUAAGAUCCAGGAUAAGGAGGGCAUCCCCCCUGACCAGCAGAGGCUGAUCUUUGCUGGCAAGCAGCUGGAAGAUGGCCGCACCCUGUCCGACUACAACAUCCAGAAGGAGUCCACCCUCCACCUGGUCCUUCGUCUCAGGGGUGGCCAGUGAAUCAUACCAUGAUUUUACUGCUUUAACAUGACAAAUGCACCUAAUAAAGUGAGAUCACAUUAAA